AAACAGAGAGGACUUGAGCUGGAGGAAGGAGAUGUUGGAAUGAGCUUGACUCAAGAGAACCCUGGGAGGAAGGAGGAGGGUGGGAAGCGAGAGAUGAUAACCCCAGCUCUGAGAGAAGCGCUCACAAAACAAGGUUACAAGCUGAUUGGGAGCCAUUCUGGGGUGAAGCUCUGCCGAUGGACAAAGUCGAUGCUCCGAGGCCGAGGAGGCUGCUCCAAGCACACAUUUGAUGGAAUUGAGAGCCACCGCUGCAUGGAGGCCACCCCGAGCCUGGCCUGCGCCAACAAAUGUGUCUUUUGCUGGAGACAUCAUACAAAUCCAGUGGGCACAGAGUGGCAAUGGAAGAUGGACCAACCUGAACUGAUAUUGCAGGAGGCUAUUGAGAACCAUCAGAAUAUGAUCAAGCAGUUCAAAGGCGUCUCAGGAGUACAAGCAGCUCGCUUUGAGGAAGCAAUGAGCGCAAAGCACUGCGCACUGUCACUGGUGGGAGAGCCCAUCAUGUACCCGGAGAUCAACCGGUUUGUGAGGCUCCUGCACCAGCACAGCAUCUCUACUUUCCUGGUUACAAAUGCACAGUUCCCAGAUGAGAUUAGUCUGAUCUUUGUUCUAACUCCAGAAGAAGGUUCAAGCCAUUCCCCUGGCUUUAUGAUGGUCAUGGGAGAGCCUUUUCUCAGCGAUGUUGUGUCUGAUCUGCUGAAAGAGUUGCAACAGCGCACCGUUUACAGACUGACACUGGUGAAAGCGUGGAAUGUGGACGAACUCAAAGCCUAUGCUGACCUGAUAUCCCUUGGUAAACCAGACUUCAUCGAGGUCAAGGGUGUGACUUACUGCGGUAAAAGCUCAGCCAGCAAUCUCACCAUCUCCAAUGUCCCCUGGCACGAGGAGGUGGUGCACUUCGUCCAGGAGCUCGCCAGCCUUAUCCCCGACUAUGAAAUUGCCUGUGAGCAUGAGCACUCGAACUGUCUCCUCAUCGCUCACAAAAAGUUCAAGAUCAAUGGCGAGUGGUGCACAUGGAUCGACUACGACCGCUUCCAGGAGCUGGUGCGAGCACAGGAGCAAAGCGGCGGCUCCCAGACUUUCACAGCAGCUGAUUAUGCAGCCAGAACUCCUCACUGGGCACUCUUUGGGUCCAGAGAGAGGGGAUUCGAUCCCUUGGAUGUGAGAUACCAGCGGAAGAACAAAGCAAGGGACAUCUCUGGGUGCUGAGGCUGGGGCUCAGUGAAUCUAGGGCUGGCUGGCUGCUGAGGUUUGGUCUCCCUUUCUAGGCUAAUACUGAUUCUGAACCUAUUCACUUCGAGUUUUCUGAUGUUUGACAUGGAGAAGGAGAGUCAAGUCCUUAUUUAAGUCUUCCUUCCUGUUUUUAGGGGUUCUUGGAUGAAAGUAUGUAUGUUGCUUUCUAUCUUGAGCUGCAUCACAAAUGGUGUAUGCUGGCAGUUUGUCUUAACUGGCAGCACAGUGAGGGAGGCAGUGGCUGUGGUCUCCACAGCAGAGGGCGCUUGGAGUUGGAUGUGAAGUGGGAAUGUUCGUUUGACUUCUGUGCCCUGGUGGAAGGACAGCCCAGCAUGUGCUGGCACCAGCUUGGCUGCGAAACAUUCCACAUCUAUAAGGAUAAGUGCCAAGGGGACUUCAGCUCCACAAGUUGGUUGGAUAUGUGCAGGUGAGACUGCAGUUGGAUUUGGAUCUGAAAGCCUGAGCCCUGCUAAAGUAUUAUUGUGCAGACAGUAACAGAUUUAUGUAUUUCAAACACUGAUAACAAUUCCUAUAAGGACCUUGUCCCAUCCCCCUGGGAAUGCUGUAAGUAACAGCACCCCUGUUAAUGUCAUCUGCAGCUUCUGGUAUCUCUCCAAAUAUCUUCCAGCUUCAUGGGCUUGACAAUGAAUAUUUUCCAAGUAGUUUUAUCCCACUCCCCAGCAGCCCUAAGCAGUGAAUAUAACUCUUCAAAUCCCUGUUAGGUUCCAGCUGUGUGCUGCUCAUGGUGAGGAUGUGCUGUGGGGAGCCAGUGAGCUUGGCCAUUGGCUUCCUUUGCGCCACCCGGGCAGGUCAACAGUGUUGCUGCUGGUUUGGGUAAGCUGAUGUAAAUGAAAACUGAAUCCAGCUGCAGAAACAGGCACAGGUUGGGGGAACAAACUGUGGUCAUGCUCAAGUGUUCUUGUUUUCCUGUUGAGCUCCAGGAGCAGAGAUCAGAGGUGUUCCCCGUGCUCCCGCCUUAACGGUGAGGUCCAUAAGCCUGCAAUUCCUAGUGCUUGUGUUACUGUAGGUGGUGAGUGUUCCUGAGAUUGUGAUUCUAUUUGUUUUUCUUUAAGAACCUAAUUUCUUAAUGUGCAAAAAGUGUUUCUAAAGAAGAAAGAAAAUAAAAUAAUUUUCCUUUGAGCA